UGAAUUAAUAUUCUUCAAGACAUUAAGAAUUGCGGCCUUGUUAUGAUCACCGAAACAUAGCUGAACACAGAGAUCAAUGCUGCUGCGAUAGCUCUACCCGGCAUGACUUCCCUACGAAGCGAUCGACCUACCAGAGGAGGAGAAGUUUUCCUGUAUUAUCGAUCGGGAUUGCAUGUUGAUAUCAUUGACAACCCAGAAAAAUUAUCGAUCGAAGCUUCAGCCUGAUUGGUCAAGCCAUGCGCAAGCAAUAUGAUAGAAGCGCCUGGUACUUUUAUGGCGGAUGCUCCGCAAAUUGGAGGUGCACCGGCGCGUCGCCUGUAUGCAAUGGACUUCUCGCCCCUGUCGGUCAUAUUACUGAGUACGCUGGUUGUCAGUUCAAUCCUCACUGCCGUCGGAUUGAGUCAGAACCGAAUAUCGCUAGCAACCGUGCCGAAAACGCAACUUGAUGUGUCGCUAGCGUUUGCCGCCUUGGGACUGAUUUUUGCUGUUACAUCGAUUGUCAUUCAACUUUUCUGCAGUCUCACACGAUUUGGAAGACUUAUACUUUUACACAUCCUCUUACUGACAUUUGUCUGCCUGUCCGUGAUUUGUUUCGCCGUCUCCACUGGUGUCAGCUACAUCGGUUUACAAGUAUACACGGGCGCGUGGAUGCUUUCCGCCACAUGGAUUGGGGUCGUGAGCACUUGCACAGCUAUCUUUUUAUUCCUCAUGAAUCGCAACACCUUGACCCAAUGAUCGCGCACUUCUAAUCGUAUUGUUUCGAUGCCCUCCAAACUGGCUUAUUGAUGUUGACGUAAAAUUGCUGGCUGGAGACUGGGGUAACGCAAUGAUUGCACGUGAAUAAAUGGCCCUUUUA